AUGGCAAGCGUGCGGACUUUCAGAUCACUCGCCCGACCUGUUGCGGCCAGGCAAUGGCGCCCUGCUGUGACGCUCCCCGCAAUCCAGUCUCGACUUCACUCGUCCAAGCACCCCAAAGGCUUCGAGGCCCCUUCAAAGGAGGAGCUCGAUGAGCUGAGGGACAGAGUGCAAGAAUUUACUCGCCGUGAGAUCACGGAGGAGGUGGCGGCAAAGACAGACAAGACCAAUGCCUUCCCCGCCGAGAUGUGGCAGAAGCUGGGAGAGGCUGGCUUCCUCGGCAUCACGGCUGAUGAGGACGUGGGAGGUCUCGCCAUGGGUUACCAAGCACACAUUGUUGUCAUGGAGGAGCUCUCUCGGGCCUCUGGAUCCAUUGGCCUCAGCUACGCGGCACAUUCACAGCUUUGCGUCAACCAGCUCCAGCUCAACGGAUCACCGGAGCAGAAGCAAAAGUACCUGCCCGGCCUCAUCGCCGGCACAAGCGUUGGCGCCCUGGCCAUGUCCGAAUCGGGCGCCGGCAGCGAUGUUGUCAGCAUGCGGACGACAGCCAAGGCCGUGGACGGCGGCUACGUGCUCAAUGGGUCCAAGAUGUGGAUUACCAACGGGCCCGAUGCCGACGUGAUCGUCGUGUACGCAAAGACGGAGCCCGACAAGGCAUCCAAGGGCAUCACGGCGUUCCUGGUGGAUACCAAGACGGAAGGCUUCAGUUGUGCCCGUAAGCUUGACAAGAUGGGCAUGCGCGGCAGCAACACGGGCGAGCUCAUGUUUGACAACGUUUUCGUGCCCACCGAGAACAUCCUCGGCAAGAUCAACGGCGGCGUGAGAGUCCUCAUGGAGGGUCUUGAUCUGGAGCGUCUGGUGUUGAGCGCUGGACCCCUCGGCAUCAUGCAAGCGGCACUCGAUGUUGCUCUGCCAUUCACACACCAGCGCAAGCAGUUUGGCCAGCCCAUUGCGCACAACCAGUUCCUCCAGGGCAAGCUGGCAGACAUGUACACCAAGCUCCAGGCUUCUCGAGCAUACACAUAUAUGACGGCCAAGGCCGUGGAUGAGAAUGGUUUGAUCCGUACUCAAGACUGCGCCGGUGCUAUCUUGUAUGCUGCGGAGCGGGCAACAGAGUGCACGCUCGACUGCAUCCAACUGCUGGGCGGCAUGGGAUAUGUGGAGGAGAUGCCUGCAUCUCGAUUGCUUCGCGACGCUAAAUUGUACGAGAUCGGAGCCGGCACGUCUGAGAUCAGACGCAUGGUGAUUGGAAGGGCGUUUAACAAGGAAUAUGCACAGGCAUGA